AGCAGUUUCUCAUCGUCAAAAUGUCAGUGUUAGUAUAUUAAUUUGUUUACUACAGCUCACUCUAAUUAUAUUGGACUUCGGAUUAUACGCGGGAUUUCAUCAUUCUUAUGAUAGAUGUUAUGACUUUCAGUGGUGGGGUAGUUUUGUCACUGCAUUGUAUCUCAAGAGUAAAAAGCCGGGAGUAAAAUUAUAGUACCUUGAACGCAUUAAACCAUCAUAUCAUGCUACAUUUAUAUAUCAGUGGGUUUUCCGACGGACGGGUUUGAAAGCCCUGAUUUCAUUGCACUAAGAUUUAUCAAUGAUUUUGCACUAUCACUUCAAAUUUCUUUUCGAAAUACGUUUCUGAGGUAUCAUAACUGCUGCAGAGAAAGUCGUUUUAGCUGAUAACGCAUACUACAGGAUGACUGACGAUUCUAUGGAGGGCUCCGAAUAUGAGUCUUCGCCACUAUCUAAUUCUGCAGAGGUGAACAUGGACCGCAAAUUUGAACUUGAAGUUGAGAAGGUAGUUUUUUAUAUACGGUUACAUCCUUCCACAGGUGCGGUGGUUCUACCGUGAGGGAAACAACAAGAGAUGGGUAUCAUUCAAUGGCUCUGAUUCCAUAAAUUUGGAGCUUACCUAUCGAAGUCACCAGGCUUCUUGUAAAUCUUGUCACAAUUUGGCUUCAUGUACACCCACAUCAUGUGAACCAAAACAGGACUGUACAAAACCCAAAGUAUCAGUUAGGGGUGGAUUAUAUGAAGCGAAUGUAGUUGAACGACGUUGUGUUCCUGUUUACUGGUCCGAUGACAAAUGUCCCACAUCCAUCCUGCGGGGCACUUGGUUUCGUGAAGGUUAUAGUGGUACUCUUGAACCUUUUGAUGAUGAGUCAAUGGCUGAACGUUUGGAGGCUGAAUACAACACAUGGCACUUAAAAACGUACCAGAGCCCUAGAAAAUCCAUGUACUCAAAAAAUGACGUGUUCGCAAAAUCUCAAAGUGAUUCACUUCUCCACUCUGCAUUGAAUGCCCCAGUUCUACACUCUCCAGAUACUAUAGAAUCAGUUAGUGAAACACUCACUCAAACACCUGAGUCCUCUUUCUGUGAAAAUUUUCCGAGUGUAAAUGGAAGCGACUUGGAUGAUAAUUUGUCUGCCCCCACUGCUUUAAAAAAGAGAGUCCCUUACCAAACGAUUCGCUUCACUGACUGCCAUAUUGAUUGGUAUGGGGAAGACGAGUUAUACUUGUAUUAUGAGUCGACAAGUUUGUAUAUUAGACAAAAACUGGGGAUGCAAAAGGUUGGGACGCGUUUAUUUCGGGGCUUUACUGAACCAGCAAGUGCAGAAGACAAAUUCCCUGAUAUAUCUCACCUUUGUUUCGUUGUCCAUGGAAUCGGUCAAAAAAUGGGUAUCAAUCCUAUUUUAAAAAAUUGCAAUGAACUUAGGAAUGCAUGUGAUAAAAUAAAGGCGCGGUACUUCUCGCAUCUGGAUGAAGAAAAUCAACGUGUAGAAUUUUUACCUGUUGAGUGGAGAACUUCUUUGCAGUUGGAUGGUCGUACAGUUGAGUCAAUUACUCCUGUACAUGUUCGAAGUCUGCGUACAGUUUUGAAUAGUUCUGCCAUGGAUAUUAUGUACUACACAAGUCCUCUUUAUCGAGCAGAAAUCAUGUCCAGCUUAAAAGCCGAACUCAACCGGUUAUACGAUAUGUUUCGUCGAUUAAAUCCAAACUUUGAAUCUCGUGGUGGAAAAGUAUCUGUAAUUGCACAUUCCCUUGGUUGUGUUCUGAUUUAUGAUUUAAUUACUGGCUGGAAUCAACUUCUCGAUAAUGAUGAACUCGCUGAAAUCCUUUUAGAUAAAUCAAAUGACAGAAAAGAUAUAUCUUCCAAUAUGAAUUCCUUGGCAAAUCUGGAUGCAAGGAAUAACUCCGGUGUGAUGUGUCAGGAUCAAGAAGACAAUGUGGUAUCUUCUUCUGGCAAUUUGAAGCAAGUUACUCGUGUUAGUUUUCAGCUUGAUGCGGCAAAGAUUUUGGUCAAUAAUUUAGAACAAGAGCUGAAUAGAUUGCUUGUAACUAGGAGAAAUCUGAAGUCAAAUAAUGCUCACAAAUCCAAUGUUGGUGAUAAUUCUAAUCAGUCGGCUGACCUUUCAAUGUGUCCCCCCGGUUCUUCAUUGUUUCAACCAAGUUCUCUACUUUUUGCACAUAAUCUUGAGAACUUUUUCUGUCUAGGUUCACCUUUGGGGGUGUACUUAGUUUUGCGUGGUAUCCGACCUGGUCCCUAUCAGAACCAAGAUACGAUAUUGCCACGCAAAAUAUGCUCUCGUAUUUUCAACAUAUAUCAUCCAGCAGAUCCUGUGGCCUAUCGUUUAGAACCACUAAUUUUGAAAUACUACUCUAACGUCCAACCAGCUAUGAUUCAUCGAGUAGAUGCCAUUUCUAGACCUUGUUAUGACAGCCUUCCUUUAAUUGCAUGUUCUGGUAAAGAAUUUAAACAUCAAAAAUCAGAGGAUUGUACAUCUAAAAGCGCUUCGGACACGAAUCAGUUAUUGGCAGCCCCAGAUACUUGUACAGAUUCUUCUAGACGUCUAUCGAUUGCCAGUCGACUUUUCGGUUUCUUAUCACGAGCUUCAUCGUAUUCUUCAACUCAAGAAACUGAAACAAUCGGAUUUUCGCCUCCUAAGGAUGGUUUCGAUCACGGAACGUCAAAGACUGACGGUCCACCAACUUUCGAAUUAUUAAGCGAUGAUGAAGAAAAGAUUAAUUCUAUGCCAGAAGAUACCACUUCAUAUAGCCCUACAAAUAAAAAUGAAACUAACAACACUACUUCAACUACAAAUUCUACUGAUAUAUUUGUUAAUGAUGAUCUGUGUCUUGAAUCAUUACAGCUGGAGCAUCGAUUGGACUUUGAAUUGCGUUCUUCACGCUAUGAAAAUAUGUACAUUUCUCUUUUGACUUCGCAUACCAGUUACUGGACCAAUCCAGAUAUAUGCAUGUUCGUUAUGACGCAUUUAUUCCCUGAAAAAUCGAACUCAACCGGUUGAAUUCAUUCCAUUAAUCUCUGUGAUUCUAAAUACAAUUUUUAAAAAACAACAGUAUUCUGACACUUCAUUAUUAAUCAAAUCAAUUAAUUAGAAUAACCCAGUUACUUCUAUAUGUGUUCAGCUGUUAAUAUACUUUAUUACUGUUAUUUUUUUUUGUAUUAGAUGAGACAAGUAGAUUCACAGCUUUUGGUUAUCUUUUCAUUACUAACAAUACUAAUACCAUUACUUCUACUACUACUAAUAAUAAUAAUAAUGAUAACCGAUCAAUGAUCAUUAGUUUCUUCACUCGUUGUCAGAUUGGUUGAUACAAAUUAUCUGUUUUGUUUUUGUAGCUGCCAUCGUUUUAUGACAAUGAAACACUAACUGACAACAUAAAGUUUACUCAAGAUGAAUCAUUUUUAUUUAAAAAAUAUUAUGUGUCCCAUAAAUGUACAUGACUUCAACCUUAUGUCUUUCGAAAAUUCUAUUAUGUUUAUCAUUUGAUAUAGAGUUUCUUAUUCAUCUUAUUUAUUACCAAACAGUCUAACCUUUACUGUGAUCACAGUUAUUAUUUAUAAAAGAACUACUGUAUAUUGUAUGCUAAUUUUCGUGCAAUUUUUCAUUGUUUCCUACAAUAAAGUUCGUUGGUAUUCCACG